CAAGGGUGAAUACAGGUGGAAAAGGGAAAACUGAGUUGUGAGUGAGAACUCCCAGCCAAUCACAGCGCAGAAGGGCGGGGCCUACCCGAAUACGGGUGGGAAAGACAGCAGCCCAGCGCUCUCUCCAAUGAAACUUUAAUUAAUGUGGGUGGGCUUGAGAACCCAGCGAGUGUUUAUCAUAGACGAUUUAUUUUCCAGCGCUAAGUCAACAUAAAACAGCAAACGUACAACGAUUAUUUAACAUUUUUCAGAGAGGCAGCGCGAGCCGCUCGGCCACCACAGCCACCUCUAUGGGCUCAAGCUCAGUGUCUUCUGACGGGCUGAAACUCUCGUCCGGCAGCCGGUCAUGAGUUUGUACCAUCACCGGUCAGCCGCGCAGGCCGGUCUGGGCGCCUCGGCGCUGGGCCUCAGCGGCUCGCCCCUCAUCUACGUGUACGGCGGCGAGCUGGGUGGCGUGUUUCCUGCGCUGGGCUUUGCCUCGGCGCGCCGGGAGCCUCCGCAGAAACCGCCCUACAGCUACAUCGCCCUGAUCGCUAUGGCCAUCAAGAGCGCGCCCGAGGAGCGCGCCACGCUCAGCGGCAUCUACCAGUUCAUCAUGGACAACUUUCCCUUCUACCACGACAACAAGCAGGGCUGGCAGAACAGCAUCCGCCACAACUUGUCGCUCAACGACUGCUUCGUCAAAGUACCGCGCGAGAAGGGCCGGCCGGGCAAGGGCAGCUACUGGACGCUGGACCCCAAGUGCCUGGACAUGUUCGAGAACGGUAACUACCGGCGCAGGAAGAGGAAGGGCAGGGGGCAGGAGGCGCGCGACGACAAGGCGCCUCACAAGAGGGCCCGGGGUCACGCGCCCGCGGGAGCGCGCGCCGCCAGGCUGCUCGAGAAGAAAGAGGCGUUUGUGAUGGACGCAAAGGGAGAGAUGAGAGGAGGAGAGCGAGAGGAGGACCACGAAGGAGCUGGCCGGUGGAACGGGGAGGCACGCGCCCCAAAUUGCGGUGCGCUCCCGUCUGGUGUGCGCUUGAGCUCCGCGGGGGAGGAAGAGCCGAGUCCCUCCGUAACUCAGUCGAACCCUGGUGCCCUGAAAACGGCCCCGGGGAGCCCCGCAGUGCGCGCCCCGCCGGCCGGGAGCGCGCCCGAGCCUGAGCCGCGGAAGGCGACGGACAGAGCGAAGGCGUUCAGCAUCGAGAGCAUCCUAGCGCGGAAGGUCAGCAGCGUCCAGCGGACCUGCGCGUGCGUGCGCUCGGAGGAGGCUGGUGCGCCGCCGCGGCCGCCGCUUGUGCUCGAGCCGCUACGCUCGUACGUGCGCGUGACGUGGCCUGCAGAGAACGCACGCUACAGCGAGGAGGCUGCAGAGAAACUGUAUUGAUGACCAGCAAAGGCUGAACUCAGGUAUUACGGACCAUCAGGUAACAGGGGGACACUUCAGGGACCUUUUGAAGUUUAGUGUUUCUAAUUGAGA